AUGGACGGCAGGUACGCGCGGCCUGCGGUGAUCGGCGCGGUGUUGGCCCGCUGCCGCGCCCUGCCGGGGCCCGGCCUGCAUCACGUCAUCACUCACGAUUGUGAAGAAGGAAACGGCAAGGAAGAAAAAUUUUCACCCAUCCCUCCUUCUGAAGACCAAAUUCCCACCACUGCUAAGGAAGUUGAACCAAUUCAUCCUGACCAAAAAUUGGAUGAAAAACUCACUCAAGAUACUGCGAUGGAUGUCAAGAUGGAAGCCAUGGAUGUGGAUGAAGUGAAGAAUCUAACGCACGAUUCCACCCAAGAAAAUUACAACAAAAACGUUGAUGAAAAAACUGUUGUUCCCGCGGUUGUCUGCAACGCUGGGGUUGUUAAACUCCUCAGAUUCCGGCCUCUUGUUUGCUCAUCUACUGGAAUUUGUGGUAGAAAAAACGUAGAAAUCGGGGAUAUAUUCAUUCCCAAAGAUGGAAAUUGCAAAAAAUCUAGGGAAAUUGAUGGAAAUUUAAAAAAUUCCGGCAAAAAAUCUACGGAAAUUAACGAAGAUUUCAAAAAUUUGCAAGAAGAGCGCAAGGAUUACCAAGGAUCAGCUGGAGGAGGUGAACGUGAUGGAGAAGUUACUGGUGGAGAUGGUGGAGGUCUGGUGGAGGCUGUAGCUCCUGGUGAAGAAGUUCUUAUGAUGGACACCGGCAGCGUAGCUUUGUCUGCUCGGCAGGACAUACGUAUCAGGCACGAGCUUUGCUGCAACGACUCCUUACGUCAGCUGCUGACUGUACACAGCCUGCCACACCAGCCUGCCUUUUGAGUCUGACUGUACACAGCCUGCCUUCUGAGUCUGACUGUACACAGCCUGCCUUCUGAACCUGAUUGUACACAACCUUCCUUCUGAGCCUGACUGUACACAACCUUCCUUCUGAGCCUGACUGUACACAGCCUGCCUUCUGAGCCUGACUGUACACAGCCUGCCUUCUGAGCCUGACUGUACACAGCAUGCCUUCUGAGUCUGACUGUACACAGCCUGCCUUCUGAGCCUGACUGUACACAGCCUGCCUUCUGAGCCUGACUGUACACAGCCUGCCUUCUGAGCCUGACUGUACACAACUGUGUAAACUGCUAUUGAGUACAGUCGUGUGCAGCUACGUUACAGUCACCAUGAAAUGUCAUCGCUGACAGUUUGCUCUAUCAUCUACACCCGAAAUUUCUUUACCGUUCCUUACUCAAAUUCUUUCAUUGUAUAAACGUCGUUUCAUUUGUUAAUUUUUCGUGUGUGUACAUACUUUUUUCUCCUAAUCUCAAUUUUUUCUAUCUUGAAUUUUCCACGCGUACGAACUUUUUUUUCUAGCGCUUUUCCCAGUAUUUUCUAGGUUUCAUUCGUCAAUCUAUUUGACAAACUCGUAUUUUCUCAUAGUUUUCACUUCAACUUG